GAACUUUUAUAAUGAAGGACUGCGUCUAAUUAAACAAUUCAUUGUAGAUUUUUUUCACCCUCUCAAUUAAACAGCAGAGCUAGAGGGAGAACUGCUAUUGGUUCUUGGGCUCUAGCGUUAUAAUGAAGAAGUUGACAGUUGCCCUCGAACGAUGUCUGCCUAUUGGCAGACAAUAAGACAGCAUUCUGCCUUCUGUAAAUAGAUUAUUGUACUUGGUGAGGGAGGAGGAGGAGCUUGGAAUGGCUACAUUGAGCCAGCUUGGCUGGCUGCCAUAAAGCUAAGUUCAGCUGGAAAGACCGCAUCUUGGCUGAUUCAGUAUUUUACUGAUGCAUGUGUCAGGAAGCUUUUUCCUGGCUUGAAGCGUGGCAUUUAUUUAACUUGUAGUAUAAGACACAAGGACAGAAACCUCAAGGCAGAGCUCUCUAAUUGAACAAACUUCUAAAGCUAAACAUCUCAGUCUGGAACUUCAUUGCAAAUUACUGCAGUUUUCGAAGAAUAACCGAGUUUCAGUUUGCAUAGUGAUUUGAAAGUGAGAAAUUAGAUUGCAGUGUGAAGAACAAGGGUAGGAGAUCACAAUGCAAGCUCAUGAAUUGUUUAGGCAUCUGCGAAUGCCAGAACUCGAUGAUGUAAGGCAGUACGUGCGCACUCUCCCAACCAAUACCCUGAUGGGAUUUGGUGCUUUUGCAGCACUCACAACUUACUGGUAUGCCACAAGACCUAAAGCUCUGAAACCACCAUGUGACUUAGCAAUGCAGUCUGUGGAAGUAGAGGGUGACGAGUAUGCCCGAAGGUCAUCGCUACUUGAUACUGAUGAGCCACUGACAUUCUAUUAUGACGAUGUGAGAACAGUUUAUGAUAUCUUCCAGAGGGGACUACAUGUAUCAAAUAAUGGCCCCUGUUUGGGCAUAAGGAAACCAAAUCAGCCAUAUGAAUGGAUCUCUUACAAGGAGACUGCGGAAAAAGCAGAAUGCGUUGGUUCAGCACUUCUCAACAGAGGUUUCAAACCAUCUCCUGAUCAGUACAUAGGAAUCUUUUCGCAGAACAGGCCUGAGUGGGUUAUCAUUGAACAAGGAUGCUACACUUAUUCUAUGGUGACUGUACCACUCUAUGACACUCUUGGAACAGAAGCUAUCACUUAUAUUGUAAAUAAAGGUGAGCUGGCACUGGUUUUUUGUGAUAAGCCUGAAAAAGCUAAACUUCUGCUGGAUAGCAUUGAGAAGGGAGAAAUGCCAGUCCUCAAAACAAUUGUGAUCAUGGAUCCCUUUGACAAUGAGCUUGUGACCCGUGGAAAGAAAUGUGGAGUGGAUAUCAUCAGUAUGAAAGAAAUUGAGGCAUUGGGAAGAGCCCACAAACAUAAACCUGUAUGUCCAAAACCAGAAGACCUAGCCAUAAUCUGUUUCACCAGUGGAACUACAGGAAACCCCAAAGGAGCAAUGCUUACUCACCAGAAUAUAGUGAGCAAUAUGUCAGCAUUUGUGAAAGCUACAGAGAAAGCAGUUUUUCCUAGUACAGAAGAUACUUUAAUCUCCUUCUUGCCCCUGGCCCAUAUGUUUGAAAGAAUUGUAGAGUCUGUCAUUCUCUGUCAUGGAGCUCGGAUAGGAUUUUUCCAGGGAGAUAUCAGGCUUCUCAUGGAUGACUUGAAAACUUUGCAGCCUACAAUAUUCCCAGUUGUGCCACGCCUGCUGAAUCGAAUGUUUGACAAAAUCUUUGGUCAAGCAAAUACUUCAUUUAAGCGAUGGAUAUUGGAUUUUGCUUCCAAAAGAAAAGAGGCAGAACUUAGAAGUGGUAUAAUUAGAAAUAAUAGCCUGUGGGACAAAAUGAUUUUCCGUAAAAUACAGGCAAAUCUGGGAGGAAAAGUCAGGCUAAUGAUUACAGGAGCAGCUCCUGUUUCUGCAAACGUACUGACCUUCUUAAGAGCAGCUCUGGGUUGUCAGUUUUAUGAAGGCUAUGGACAGACAGAAUGCACAGCUGGCUGUUCGCUGACAGUACCUGGGGACUGGACUGCUGGUCACGUCGGUGCCCCCAUGCCUUGCAAUCUCAUAAAGCUUGUUGAUGUAGAAGAAAUGAAUUACUUUGCUGCCAAAGGAGAGGGUGAGGUUUGCGUAAAGGGGCCAAAUGUGUUCAAAGGUUAUUUGAAGGAUCCUGAAAAGACUGCAGAAGUUCUUGACAAAGACGGCUGGGUACACACUGGAGAUGUCGGGAAAUGGUUACCGAAUGGAACCCUGAAGAUAAUUGACCGGAAAAAACACAUAUUCAAACUUGCACAGGGAGAAUAUAUAGCACCAGAAAAAAUAGAAAAUAUAUAUAUGAGGAGUGAACCUGUUGCCCAGAUAUUUGUCCAUGGUGAAAGCUUGCAGGCUUUCCUAAUAGCAAUUGUGGUACCAGAUCCAGAGGUUUUAUCCAGCUGGGCUAAGAGAAAAGGACUGAGCGGCUCUUAUGAAGAACUAUGCAAAGACAAAGAUCUCAAAAAAUAUAUUCUGGAAGACAUGUUGAAAGUUGGAAAAGACUUUGGCUUGAAGUCCUUUGAACAGGUCAAAGGUAUUGCCCUUCACUCUGAAAUGUUCUCGGUCGAGAAUGGCCUGCUAACACCAACAUUAAAGGCAAAGAGAUCUGACCUACGCAAACACUUCAAGCCCCAGAUAGAAGAACUCUAUGCUAAUAUCCAUAUGUAACUGAGGAAAAAACUGCUGGAGAGAAUGGCAUUUGCUAUUGACCGUCAUAUCUAUAAACUGACUACACCAAACAUAGGGAUGAAAACAGUGCAAUCAUUAACUUGUGUUCAAAUUGGUACUUGACAUAGGAAAAAGGAAGGAAAAUGGAACACUGCCUUACAGUCCACUUGUGUUGCAGACCAUUUUUAAUAGCGACAUACAACUUCCUCAAUGCGCCUUAAACUGUAAAUGGUAUCUGUGUGAUUUGUAAGUUAUUUAAGACUUCCUCAGCCAAAAAUGUGACUCUCUCUCCAAGGCAUGUAAAGGGAUGUGUUGCUAGCACAUUUUAUUGUUUUUAGUAUAUUGUACAGCCAGUGAAUUUUAAAAGGUAUGGUAUGUAGAGGUUUUUAAUGCAUCAUAACAGGAAUGCUGAUAACAGAGUGUCCUUCAUUUUUGUUGGGUCUAGGACCUAGGUGGAAUCUUAGCUGUCUUGGUUCCUUGCUAUUUGGAAGUUUUAUUUAAUUUCUGGAUGUGAAUGCAGCCAACCACAUGAUGGGUGAUCAGAUAUUGUAUCUUUAGAAGUAGUUGAGGGUGUCUUGGAGCUUAGAUGGAACUAGCCAUGCAAUGCAAGGUGGCAGCUUCAUGAGAUCCACAGAUGGUUGGACCAUAGUAGCAUCAUGUUGUAGAGUGCACAUGGGUGUUGAUAGAAUUCCAGUACUGGGGCUAAUGGUCAUGCUCAUUUAUUGCUAGCCACUAGAUUGCCAUAGCAGUGCAGACGUAACCAUUGAUCGCUUAACUUACUGGUCUCUGUACAAAGUUAACUGCUGCUUCUUUUCCACUGAACACAGACUAUUGAGGAAAUAAAAGUAAGUAUCCUGUAUGAAAUUGAUAGGAUCAAAGAGUGAAAAAGUUGGUUAGGUGUACAAAAGAGGCAGGGAAUUGGGAUGUAGUUUUAAUAUGGAUAUCUUUCAUUGUGGGUGGGGAAGGAGACUUGAGUUACCACGUAUCUAUGGCUGUAUUUCUUGGGGGUCGGGGGGAGGUGGAAUUAAGAUGCCUUGUAACUCAUGCUUGAGGUUUUUUCCAUAUAGCAGUCAUUAAUUCCUGUUAAAUAUAUGUAAACAAGCACAACAAAGUUUGCACUAAAGAUUGUGUGAUUGUAAUGCACUACCCAGUUGCAUAAUUUCAUACAUGUGUACCAUAAUUGCACACCAGUAUCCAAGCCAAUACUCCCAGAGUAUUAAGUCACUUGUUACAUUGGAGUUGAAAUGUUUGCUUAGUGUUGGCUAUUUCUAUAUUUUAUAACCAAAAUUUCCAAAAACCAAUGAAGGAAACCAAAAUAAAUAUUUCUGCAUUUAA